CGACAGAUGAACUCGGGUGGGGGUUUGGCUGUAGAGGCACCGGUUACAUAGCGCUGGGUGCGGUGUGUCCUUGGGCUGAGUCCGCAACUUUGCCAGGAGUCGAGCGACCAGAGCGCGUGGCUGCCUUUCGCGCCUUCCCUCGCUUUACCUGCAUUGAUAAUGGGAGACGUUGAGAAGGGCAAGAAGAUCUUUGUUCAGAAGUGUUCACAGUGCCACACUGUUGAAAAAGGGGGCAAGCACAAGACUGGCCCAAAUCUGCAUGGUCUGUUUGGGCGGAAGACUGGUCAAGCUGAAGGUUUCUCUUACACAGCAGCCAACAAAAGCAAAGGUAUAAUUUGGGGCGAAGAUACACUAUUUGAGUACUUGGAAAACCCCAAGAAGUAUAUUCCUGGAACUAAGAUGAUCUUUGCUGGCAUUAAGAAGAAAACAGAGAGAGACGAUCUAAUAGCAUACCUUAAGGAAGCCACUGCUAAGUAAUGGCUGCUUGCUGCCUUAUUUAUUUCCCCCAACAACAGGAAAUGAUGCUCUGUGAUGAGAUUGGUUCUUAAACUUUGUAUUUUUACAUGCGUUGAAUCUAACACUUCAAAAAUCUUUCUUGUCAGCCAGAGAACUUUGAUCAUGAGUGGUUAUCAAAAUGUAUGCACAUGUCUUCGUCAUAAUUUAUAGAGUUGUGUAAUCAGCCUUGAAGACAGGGUGACUGCCAUGUUUCCUGAUCAUGUAAUUAAAACACCUUCAGUA